UCGUCACUCUGCCCCCUUAUAUAAAACCCAAUCCUCUUCCGUUUUUUGUAUCAUCUCACUCUUUGCUCGAACCGCGUGUUUAACAGAUAAGACUCAACUCCCAAGCAUUUUCAUCGCUAGAUGGCGUCAGUUCAUGCUACCAUAACACCAGCUGUUGGUAAGAGUGGGAACCGUUCCCAUGCUACGAAACCACUUAAUACUGCCUUCUUGCCUGGGUUUGACGUGGUUGGACGUGUUUCCGGUGCAUGCAAGGACUUACACCCUUCGUCCAUUACGUUAGCUCCGAGAGCCACUUUAACCUUUGAUCCCCCUGGAACCAGUACGGAGAAAGCCAAAAGCAAGAAACAUACAGUUGAUCCUUCAUCUCCUGAUUUUCUGCCGCUUCCUUCAUUUGAACAAUGUUUCCCAAAAAGCACAAAAGAACACAAGGAAGUUGUUCACAAAGAAACUGGGCAUGUACUCAAAGUACCCUUUCGUCGGGUUCAUUUAUCUGGCGAUGAACCAAACUUUGAUAAUUAUGACACUAGUGGUCCUCAAAACAUCAGUCCCCGUAUUGGAUUGCCUAAACUUCGAAAGGACUGGGUUGAUAGGAGGGAAAAAUUAGGCACACCAAGAUACACACAGAUGUAUUAUGCCAAGCAUGGAAUCAUCACUGAGGAAAUGUUGUUUUGUGCCACUCGUGAGAAGCUUGACCCGGAGUUUGUGAGGUCAGAGGUUGCUCGUGGGCGGGCAAUUAUCCCUUCCAACAAAAAUCAUUUGGAGUUGGAGCCCAUGAUUGUGGGCAGAAAUUUCUUGGUCAAAGUUAAUGCAAAUAUUGGAAACUCUGCUGUAGCAAGUUCUAUUGAAGAAGAAGUUUAUAAAGUCCAAUGGGCGACCAUGUGGGGAGCUGAUACUGUCAUGGACCUCUCCACCGGUCGUCACAUACACGAGACCCGAGAGUGGAUAUUGCGGAAUUCAUCGGUACCAGUAGGAACUGUCCCCAUAUAUCAGGCACUUGAAAAAGUGAAUGGAAUAGCUGAAAACCUCACCUGGGAAAUUUUCAGGGAAACACUGAUUGAACAAGCUGAGCAGGGUGUUGAUUACUUUACAAUUCAUGCUGGGGUAUUACUUCGAUACAUCCCUCUAACAGCAAAAAGAAUGACAGGAAUUGUAUCACGUGGAGGAUCCAUUCAUGCAAAGUGGUGUUUGGCUCAUCAUAAGGAAAAUUUUGCUUAUGAACAUUGGGAUGACAUACUUGACAUCUGUAAUCUGUAUGACAUAUCCCUAUCAAUUGGUGAUGGGCUGAGACCUGGUUCAAUUUAUGAUGCCAAUGACACUGCGCAAUUUGCAGAGCUCUUAACUCAGGGCGAACUGACUCGUAGAGCAUGGGAAAAAGAUGUGCAGGUAAUGAAUGAAGGACCUGGACACAUCCCAAUGCAUAAGAUCCCUGAAAACAUGCAAAAACAGCUUGAGUGGUGUAAUGAAGCUCCUUUUUACACUCUUGGUCCUUUGACUACGGAUGUAGCUCCUGGAUAUGACCACAUUACCUCUGCCAUUGGUGCUGCCAAUAUUGGUGCUCUUGGCACGGCCCUUCUCUGUUAUGUUACACCGAAAGAGCACCUAGGAUUGCCAAAUCGAGAUGAUGUGAAAGCUGGAGUUAUAGCAUAUAAGAUAGCUGCUCAUGCAGCUGAUCUAGCCAAAGGUCACCCACAUGCUCAAUCAUGGGAUGAUGCACUGAGCAAGGCGAGAUUCGAGUUCCGAUGGAUGGAUCAAUUUGCUUUGUCAUUAGACCCUAUGACUGCCAUGUCCUUUCAUGAUGAAACCUUGCCAUCAGAAGGUGCCAAGGUGGCUCACUUCUGUUCCAUGUGUGGACCCAAGUUCUGCUCAAUGAAGAUAACCGAGGAUGUGCGGAAGUAUGCUGAAGAACACGGGUACGGGAGUGCAGAGGAAGCUCUGCAGCAAGGGAUGGAUGCUAUGAGUGCUGAGUUCCUGGCUGCAAAGAAAACCAUUAGUGGUGAGCAACAUGGUGAAACUGGUGGAGAAAUCUACUUGCCUGCAAGCUACGUGGACUCCCAGAAGAGGUGAAGGUUGAUGCUCAUGAAGGAGAAAAGGGUUGGAAGUGCAGGAGACUUAUCGUCGAUGAUUGACCGACCAUAACAGAAAAUCGAUGCCUGCUUGAGUCUCCAGUUUCAGGCCAUGGAAGAGUACAAAGUUUAGCUUGUCUUUUCCUCUUUUAUUGGCUGUAUUCAAGUUUGUCUGCUUUGUUUAUCUAUCUGUUGGAACUAAGAGGAAGUUAUCGCUUUGCUUGAUGUUUUGACUCUGUCCCUUUCAUUAUUUUUUAAAAAAUUUAAAUCGUAUAUUAACUUAAGAAACGCACCGGGGGUGCCUCGACCAAGUGUAGCUCGUUCGGGGGCUAACUGGUCAGAGGCUGAGAUAGUCCCUUUGAACCUGAACAGGAUAAUGCCUGCGUAGGGAGCGUGCUUUUCUGUUUUCUGUAUACAGGGAUGGCGCUGCUACGCUGUUCGUGGCUAUCGUUUUGGUCUACGGUCCAUUUGAGCAUACAUUCAUAUUGGUUAUUUGCUUAACCUGAUGAAAACAGUCGGAGCAACUGAAGGCGGGAAAUCCAAAUCUCCUCAUUUACCUAAAAAUUUAUUAACUGUUUUAACUGAAAUGCGAAGAUUCGUUCUAUACCCUUGGAAUUUCCAAGAUGGACAUGGAAUUGGUAAAGAAUGACUUCAAAAGGGCCGAUUUAAGAGUCCGUUUGGAUUCAUCUUGUGGUAAAAGUGUUUCAAAAAAAUUCAUUUUUAUUUAAA